AUGCAGCCAUCAUCGCGAGGAUUUGCAGCUCCGGGCCAGAUGCGCCGUCCCACUGGACCUGGCCCCAUGUACGCAGCAGGCCACCAAGCACACGCGCCAGCAGUCUCACAGGCUGCUCAAGCACAGCAACAGCAACAAGAAGAUGCUCGCCGUCGCGAAGCCGCUAGGAGACAGGCUCGCAAGCCUACAGACCUCGACAUUGACGAUGACCUUGCCGAAGCCACCAUCACCGAUGCUGCUAUUCUAUACCGCAAGCUCCGCGACCAGGAAAAGAGAUUGGAUGCUAUCAUGACAAAGAAACGUUUGGAUAUAUUGGAAGGCACAUCUGGCCAGAUGCCGUCUGAGGGCGUGCUGCGUUUGUUCAUCAGCAACACAGCCGAGGGCCAGCCAUGGCAGAUGGCCAACGACGAUGGCAAUGCUGGCUUCAACGAAGACGGUACUUUCGACUUUGCCGAUAACAACCAAGCUCGUUAUCGCGUCAAGAUUGAAGGCAAGCUGCUCGAAGGCUCAGAUGACAUCCUCGAGGACUCGGAGCUGAAAUCGACUCUGCCACCCAUGGCCCCAAUCAAGAUGUCGCAUUUCUUCAAGCGUGUCACCGUCGACUUCAACCGCCCCGCUGCCUUGCAAUCGAACGAUUUCAACAAGAUUGAGUGGCUGAAAAAGGAGGGCGAGCCUGAUGUCGACUGCAUUGCCUUUGGUCGCAAGAGCGAUGAAGAGCUCCAGGUCACAAUCAACCUCUACCUUGAUGAGCAGCCCGAGCGCUUCAAGCUGAGCCCGCCGCUUGCUUGGAUCCUUGACAUGGACACAGCUACGCGCGCCGACGUUGUGCAAGGAGUCUGGGACUACGCUCGUUUGUUCAAGCUGACCGAUCCCGAGGACGAGCGCCGCGUCACCUGCGACGAAACCCUCAGGCAGCUGUUCCGUCACGAAACCUUGUUCUUCCCCAACCUUCCUGAGCUGAUUUUGCCGCACCUUUCCCCUCUCGACCCUAUCAAGCUCCCCUACACUAUCCGUAUCGACAAAGACUACAUCGCUCCCGAAGACGAAUCCAUUCCACCGUCCAAGUACAUGAUCUGGGACAUCCGAGUAAAGGUCCCCAGCACCACAAAACGCCUCAUGCAGGCCAUCAUCUCGUCACCCAGACACAUGGCCAGCCUCAAGAAAAUCACCCAGGUCAACGACGAUACUGCUCUUCUGCUCGAGAAGGCCCGUCAUCUCAACUCCAAGCGCAAGUUCCUACUUUCGCUCUCACAAGAUCCGGCUACAUUCGUCAAGCGCUGGACGUCCAGUCAACAACGCGAUCUCGAAAUCAUACUUGCUGAGGCUGGCAGAGGUGGUGGUGAUGAAGGCUAUGCUGGUGAAGAGUUCCGUAGAGGUGGCAAGGAUGGUGCAUGGGGCACAGAUCUGGCUCGUGAAGCCGUGGGUCUCUGGUUGGCAAGACAGAAGACUCACUAG